CCAGUGUCGGGUCGACGAUCGGAAGCGUUGCCUCGUUCUCACUGCUAGCUCUCUCUCUCAUUCGCGUGCGUGAGGGGAAGAUCCGGCAACGAACGAAGACCCACACACUGUAAUAUUUUAAUCAAAGUGUGGUGCUUACUAUCUCAAACGAAAAAUACAUAAAAGAAGAAGUGUGUACACAUGUUUCGAUCGUAGUCAUCGGAAUCAAGAGCAAGUGUGUGCGCGAAUAAGAGUACGAAAAUAAAUUUCUUUUUCGUGCUGCGAAACUCUCUGGAGGAAGUGCGCAGAGAGCCACGUGUUAAAUUUAAUCAAGAACGACGAAGACACGAUCGGAAGAGACAAUGGAUUUGCUAUGCUGCGAGUCAAGUUCUCCGGCCGAAGCAACGGCUUACCUCGACCCGACUAUUCUCGCGGACGAUCGCGUACUUCAAAAUCUAUUGAAAAGCGAGGAGAGGUACGCCCCCUCACGUUCCUACUUCGGCAUCGUGCAGAAGGACAUCUCGCCCAUCAUGCGCAAAGUCGUCGCCGAGUGGAUGCUUGAGGUAUGCGAGGAACAAAAGUGCCAGGAGGAGGUGUUUCCCCUAUCCAUGAACUACCUGGACAGGUUUCUUAGCAUCUGCCCGAUCAGGAAGUCGCAGCUACAGCUACUCGGCACCGCUUGUCUUCUUGUUGCAUCCAAGUUACGAGAGCCAAGGCCACUCACCGUCGACGUGCUUGUCUUUUACACCGACAACUCCAUCACGCACGAAGACUUAUGGUCGUGGGAGCAACUGGUAGUAUCAAAGUUGAAAUGGGAUUUGUCAGCGGUGACACCCGGCGAUUUCCUGCUGUUCAUCCUUACGCGACUUCCAGUUGACACGCGAGUUUGGGACUCGAGGAUGAUCCGGAGGCACGCCCAGACGUUCAUCGCACUCAGCAUCAGAGAGUACAAAUUCGCGAUGUACACGCCGAGCAUGAUCGCAGCAGCAUCGGUAGCAGCGGCACUGCAUGGCCUCGACUGGACAAACAAAAGUGGAUAUACUCUGCCGUGGCUGCUUGCCGAGCUCACCCGUAUCACCGCCAUCGAGCAGGACUACCUCAUCAACUGCCUGGAGCAAAUCGAAGACAUGGUACAGACUGGAUGUUUAAACGCGAACAUAAGCACGGGGAAUUACCAAGCGGUGACGGCGCCAUCGGGGGGGCAUCAAAGACCAGUGGGGGACCAAGAAAUGACUUCCCAGACGAAGAUUAUGGAGCACGAGAAAGCGGGAACUCCGACCGACGUGAGGGAUGUGCAUUUUUAAAUCAAUGUACCGCCAUCACUGCUACUACUACUACCACCAUCAUCACCACUACCACCACCACCACCAAUACCAAUACCAAUAUCAAUACCAUCAGGAGUCAUCAGGACGAUGAUGAUCAUCAAACGCCUCCCGCUUGAUUAAGAAGGAAAUGCACUUUAGCGCGAAGCGAAUUUUCUUUUUGUUCCUCCGAUACUGCAGCAACCCACACUUUAUAUAUAUAUAUAUAUAUACACACAUACAUAUACAUACCACUUUUUUUCGUGUGGAUUUUUUUGGUGGUUUUUGUCGAAACUGAGAGAUAAAGAAAUAGAGAAUGAUAAAGAAUUCGUUUUCGACGCAUUUAUUAUACGCGAGAUUGUGGUUGUUUAAUAGUUUUGUUCUGUAAGCACUUACUGCCCUUGUAUGCUUUUCUGUAUUGAGUCGACAGAAACUACCAAAGUACUUUUGCAUAAGUUUUGUAAGUUUUUGAACAUAAGAUUUGUUCAAUGCAUGUAGGAUAUUCGUUUUUUUUUAACAGACAUACACAUACACAAAUACAAAAGUGAGAAACUCGCAUUUAUUUUGGCAAUUUUUUUAUAUAACAGCGAUUAAGAAAUAAGUCGAUUUUUUUUACAAUUGUCACAAUUGUUCACAGCUUGCUACUUCGCGCGAGGAUAAUUUCUUUUUUUUUUACUAUUUAAUGUAAUCAAGCAUGUGCAAAAAGUAUUAUGAAGCAACAGUAGAUUUUGGUAAGAAAGAAUAAACCUUUGCUUCGACACAUUCUUUCUAAAGAAUGAAAAAAGUGAGGAAAUGAAGAAAAUUAAAAAAAUGAUGCGGCAGUAAAUGUGCAAGCGAAAAAGAUAAUUUUUUUUGGAGGCGUGCUGGGGGAAGGCAAUGCAAUACGCUUUACACAUUAUAAUUUUUAAGGUACACUUAAAAUUUUGUCACUGUCGUAUACAAAAAAAAAAUAAAUAAAAAAAAGAAUAAUUUACACACACCCAUGGAACGUUAAUAAUGUAACUGUUAACGACGUCGAUGUAUAACCGCUACAAUUCAGGAUUAAGAAGAUACAAAUUGAAGAUACGAAAAAAUGCAAAUAGUCAGAUCGAGUCACUAAAACGUUUGUACAUAGUACGUUAUUGCUAUUAUCUUAACUCUUAAGUAAUAUUAUUUUUAUUAAUUAUUAAUGCUAUUAUUAAUAUUAUUAUACGUUAUUGCGAAUAUCAAGCGGAUGUUAGAGCAUAUUAUGGCGCGCGACUAAACAAGCGUGAAAGAUUCUUUUGUAAGAGCGCACGAUUUUUUAAUGUUAAAACAACGCGCACGUAUGUUUGUUUCCAAAUAAAAAAAAGACUAAAAUGUAGACAAAAAAAGAUUUACGGAUGAAGUGGAGCAUUUUUGCUCAUUUUACUCGGUUCCUACGUUGAAUAAGAGCGAGCAUGAAAAAGAACAUUGCAUAAAAUGUAAAGAUCGUGUGCAUGUUGAGUAGAAAGAAAACAAAACAUAGAUUAGCAAUGUUAUGAAAAAACAGUAAUUUAAUUUGAAAAAAAAAGUUUGAAAAAUCAGUCGUAGAAAUGUAAGUGAAAAAAUUUGUGAACGUGUUUAAGACGAAAAUAAUGCGCUUUUUAGCACACUCGUAAACAUUCUCCAGUUUUAAUUAACGUAGUCCUUAGCGAAAUUAUUAAAAUAUUUACCAUUCGUCAUUUCUUCUGUACUUUAACACUCGCAGUUCAAGAAAAAAAUAUCCAAUUGUAAAUUUUUUUACGCAUUAUUGGUAGUGUUUUAUACACAUGUCACCAUUUUUUUAUUUACAACAAAAAACAAUUUGAGAUUUUUUUUUGUCGUUUUGAACUAAAUACGAAUUGUUCAAUCUUUAAUAUAUUAUUUAAUCUAAAAGACGUGUUUACUUUUUUUUAUAAUAUAUUAGCGAGAUCGAGUGAAAAAAGUUAAAAGAAAAAAUGUGAGAUUGAGUGGUUUUUAUAUUAAGCGCUGUACAUACAUAAACUGUAGCAUGCGUAAGUUCUAAAUAGGCUAAGCUUGAGGAAUUUGUAACGUGUAGAUAGUAAAGUUGUCAAAAGCGAUUAAACUUCGACUCUGUAUAUUUGUUUGUAAGGAUGUCGAAUUAAGCAAAAAAAGUAACCGUAAAGCAACCGCACUUUUAGAGAACUUGUAGUACUUAAAAAGAUGCAAGCGCACAAUGGUAGGAAACCCGAAAUUAUAGAAUUAUUAAUUGAAAAAUCCGAAAUACAGCGAAUAACUGAAGAAAUCGCUAUUUCCUUGUGCAAAAUGUAUAGUCGAAAAAAAUAAAAUAUUGCCUUUUUAUAGAAAAAUAUCCAUUUGACUUUUUCAAUCAUAAUUCGAAAUCCAAUCAACUUUAAAUAACAUUUUUUUCUUGACUUGAUCCGAUAUCGUUGAAAUAAUCAUAGUUUAUCACA